GACGUGUGCAUUCUCUGCUGUUUCUCCUUUCACUUUGCAAGCUAGAAUCUGGUGCUCUGGCAGCAUAACAUCUCUGGAAGAUGGCUUUUUUUCGCUAUUCGAUUCUUGCAGUUCUGGCGGCCGGGCUGCUGCUUCCCUCUGUUUAUGGGUUACAAUUCCCUGUCUCGGCGCGCCUCAAACACAGAGCGGGGCAGAGUGGGUUCGGAAAGAGGCAGUCUGCGGGGCAGACGAGCACGAGCGGUGAUCAGAUGGUGAUCUCCCUCAAAGAUUUGCAGGACGUGGAAUAUACGAGUAUGGUGUGGUUGGAGGGCCAGCCGUUCACGGUCUUAUUGGAUACCGGGAGUGCGGACCUGAAUAUUAUGGGCACUAUCCCAACCGCGAAGGAUACUGGUAUUCCCGUCACUGUCAACUUUGCAUCAGGCGCCGAGGAGGGCCAGAUGUCAUUUGGCAACGUUACUUUCGCCGGUUAUACCGUCCAGCAGCAGGUCUUCAACCAUGUUAGCGUAAACGCUGGAGCCUCCAGUCAGAACGGCCAAGACCAGGGGUUGCUUGGUCUAGGCAUGUCCUCCGGCUCCGUCCUCCAUAAGAUUUACCAGCAGACGUUGACUACGGACACGAGCGGCAUGCUUAAUCCGACGUGGGGGGAUGCCCUACUGGAUAGGAUCUUCCAACAAAAUCCAUCCACGUCGAACUUCAUGUCGUUUACCCUGGCCAGGGACAUGGAUACUGCUGAGACAAGCGUGAUCGCUGUUGGUAAUUUUACCCUGAGCGAGCUCGUCCCGGGCAUGGAGAACAUCACCACGAUGCCAAAACUUCCUGUUAUCACUCCGCCGCAAGGCCAGACCGAUCUCCAACACUGGACUGUAGCAGUGGAUGGUAUCAUGGCCAAUGACGUGGCCUUUACGCUUCCUCAAUCUGUCGUGGCUGGUGCUGCAGCAGGUAGUAUGGUCGCCGUCCUGGACAGUGGCUUUACAUUCCCUCAAGUUCCUCCCUCUGUCGCCCAAGCAUUCUACGGCUCCAUCCCCGGCGCCGUACUCUCCAACGCCUCUGGUGUCAUUGCCUGGACAUUCCCCUGCAAAGCGCAGGUCAACGCAUCGUUCAUGUUUGCUGGAGUCAACUAUCCGAUCCACCCGCUCGAUAUGAGCUUCGACCCUGCGACCGUUGGACAACCUUUGCCGAAUAACACCUGUAUUGGUGCGUUUCAGCCGAUUCAGGCUGAUGCACUGCAGGCCUUAGAUGGGGUUGCGGACAUGGUGCUUGGAAUGGCGUUCCUUCGCAAUACCUAUACCUUGAUGAACUAUGGCGACUUCGUUGACUCUGCAGCUGAUGCAACAGCGCAACCAUACGUCCAGCUGUUAAGCACAACCGAUGCGGCAGCGGCAGCCGCCUGUUUCACCUCCGUUCGUGACCCCCCUCCGGUGUACAAUGGCUAUGCCUCUCCCACCAAUGAGCUUAUGCCUGCUUUCGUGGUACUCCCCACCUUCGCAGCGAUAUGUCUCCUCGUCUUCGUUGUCUGGCUAAGGCUGCGCCGGACGGCAGCGGCGCGGGACACCAAGAACAUGAGGCAAUUGCCCUAAAGCCAUUCGUUUUUCUCCAAGGUCAAUUUCAGUGGCGCGAGCGCUCUCUUUUUUACUGUCAUUAGUCAUAUCUGCGGUUCUAUUUGUGUAUUGUGAAUAUCGGCACUCAGACAAGAAAUGCAUUGGUCGAACUAUCCCAGGGGUGUCGUGAGUGUCGUAAGAACUACCGCCGAACAAGGCUCAUCCUCUCUUAUCGUAUCCUCUCUUAUCGUCUUCAUAUCUUCUCGUAUCGUCUUCGUAUUUGAUGUGGUUGAUGUUCUGGGCCUUUUCGAGCAUCUCCUUGAAUUGAGCCCAUUCCAUAGCGAUGACAGCUUUCCGAUCAAGCCAAUCCAUGAUGGCAUUCGGAUCGUCCAGAUCCCUGGGGGCAUCGACGUGGACAAACAUCCUUCUGGGCCGGUCCUCAUCACUAUCGUCGUCCUCCGAUCGCAACAACUUUAUCUGAUCUCUAAGCGCUUCAUACAGAAAGUACUCCCAGUGAUAGAACUGAUUGAAGAUCUCCAUCCGCGCCGCGCAUACACGACCCACUGUAUAUACGAAUUCUUUCUCGCCUUCAUUUACACCGUCAUCGAUAAAGGAAUCGUCG